AUGAAUGAGGCGUACACCGGAAUUUGUAUUUUCAAUGAUCGUUUUCGAGUGUCGUGUUGUAAAUUGCAUUUGAAAUUGGUGUCCUAUGAUCUUGCGACAGGAAAGUGGUUGUUAUGGACGAGCCCGAAUCGCGUCGAACUCGGCGGCCUUUACCGUUUGUCACCAGUUCGCGAGCUCAAAGCCGUCUAUUAUCCCAAAGGGUUCGUUUCUUCGUUUCUUUCGGUUUCCACGAUUCUCGCGAUUCCCGAGUCAGAAAGGAGUUCCGACGAUGCAAGUUUGCUUCACGCGUUUCCAGAAAUUGUAAAAUCUCUGGAAGCCAAAAAGCGCAAAACGAAAGAACAAGAAGAGCGCCUUGAAGAGAAGCUGGAUUCUCAGGAAGAGAUUGAUCGAGUGAGCGACCUCUAUGUGAAAGCGCUGAAAAAGUCCAAGUAUGCUGUUGUUUACACCGGCGCAGGCGUCAGCACAGCUGCCAACAUUCCGGAUUAUCGAGGACCCGAAGGCAUAUGGACCAAACUCAAAGACGGAAGAGGUCUUGGUGAAGACAACCGGAAACGCAACCCUCCUGCAGGCCUCUCUGGGGCUUUGUGGGAGGGUGCGACGCACUUUCCUCGCGGCUUUCCGCCGAAACCACUCGGCCAUUUGCGAAGUGGAUUCAGCCGUUGGCCCGUCGUGAAUCGUCCAGACAUCACUCGGAUGAACGGGACUGGGUUCUUUCGUCUCGAACCUGGAUCUGGUUUCGGACACCAGGUUCAAGGAAUUCGGACUCAGAGCCCGAGACGUUCUCACAGAUUCCACCCGCAGUCGGUCUUGCUCCUGGGCAUGUUGGUAUCUCACCUGGAACGCAAUUUAGAAAUCGACAGGAGAAACGAGGGACUCCCCGGGAAACACGAAAUUGCCGCCCACGGAAGUCCGCAAUUGCAACGGCUCUGGACUCAGUCGAGGAGACGCCGACUCGUAGCCGUCCAAGGCGGCGUUCGGCGGCGGCGGCACCGUCGUCGGAAACGGCACCAAACGAUUGUUUCCUUUCCGUCGCAUUUCCGCCACUUUGCCGGGCUUCGGCGAACCACAGGGACCUGGGAAACCAGAACGGAUAUG